UAAUCAUUCUCCAUUACCGAAAGAGAAUUGAAGAAUUGUGGUAGAAAAUUUGUUAUUUUUUGUGUGCUGCGCUGUUUUGUAGAAAAUUACUUGGUAUUUGUACAAAAUAUCCACUUGAAAAUUAUACAAAUACUUGUAUAAAGAUGUUGUGCUUUGUGUAAAAUAUAAAAAGUGUAACUAAAUGUUCGAUUUAGGCUGUAAUUUUGCGUUUUUCAUGGACGGUAUUGAAGUCGAGAAGUUUUUGCAAAUGAGAAAUUUUUUCUAAGGAAGGCAACGAAAAAAGACAACGAUUGAGCGUGUGAGUGAGUAGAUCAAAGACGAGCUCAGUGGCGUCGAGCAAAGCAGCGCGUUUUGACGCUGACCGAGCAGAAUAUAAGCAGAAGAAAUUUAGUUUUAAAAAUAAUAACAAAAACAUUGGUGAAGGUGUAGAUACACUGGUGUGUUUGUACGUGCUGAAUUUAGUUGAUCGCUAGUCGGAAGCAUUGUGUGGUAGUGGAGAACACAAACUGCAUGAAAGAUGGCGUCGUCGAUGAUAGCUGCAGCAGUUGCGGCGUCGACAUCGGCGUCAUCAGCUGCAACGGGCGAAACGAAAAGAGAAGAAGAAGAUGGUUGCAACGAAGAGGGAGAAGAGGAAGCGCUUAAUACCUCACUACGUUCCUGUGCCAAUGAUCCAGAUUUCGCGGUAAUAUGUGCAUUCCUACAAAAAUUCGCCAAGGAUUUGGGUAUACCAUUACCGAAUUUCAAACAUUUGCAAGAGUGGCUUACAAAUACAGAUGAAGUUACCGACCAGUUGCGUGAUCUACACAUCAAACUUCUACGUAAAACUCGCAAAACCGUACACGAGAAAAGUUGGGAGUCAGCAUUGAGUAAAUUCUGUUUUACCUAUUCCGCCCAGGAUGCCUGGGAGGUAGAACGUUUUGGCUAUAAAAAGUCAAGUCUAAAAGUAAAACUAAGAAUUUUCAGAGAGUUGCUAGAGAGUCAGUUUCAACGUAAUGGCAAGUUCCGUGCUCAAAUACUUACAAUGAGUGCCGAUUCAUUACGUUCGCAGCCUAUAGGACGUGAUCGUCUUGGGCACACCUACUAUUUUACACAGGAUGCAGAUGGCAAUUUGCGCGUAUAUCAGGAACAUCUGGACGAGGAAAUAUGGCAAGUCGUCGCAACGACACGCGAGGAAUUAGUUAAUCUCAUAUCACGAUUGCGUGGUAAUGAAGUAGUGUUGCCUUCAACUGAUAUUGGUGUAGAUGAGGACACCAGCAGUAGUAACAGUUGCACAGCUCAAGUGGAAAAACCACCACCGCCGGAAGAACAAGAUGACUCGCAAGAGGAAGAGGUGCGCAUACCUAAUUUGCGUAUAAAAUUGUCAAAUAAUGGCAAAUUAGCUGUAACAUCACCAAAUACCACAACAACACAAACAACAAAACGUAGCCUGGAUGAUGUGGACAAAAGUUCACCACGUAGUGAGGAAUUAAAUAUAAUAAAGAAAGCGCGCCCUUCACUUUUGGAUGUGAAUCGCGCUAAAAAACCCAGUCGUUAUGAGAAAACGAAAUCCGAAGAAGAGGAAGAGGGUGAGGAGGAUGAAGAUGAAGAGGAUGAUGUUGAUGAAGAGGAAUUAUCCAUAGAAGAGGAGGAUAUAGAUAGCGCUGCGGCCGAAGAGGAUGAAAAUGAGGAGAAAGAAAUUGAAGACUCAGAUGGUGAUUCUGAUGAAGAGAACGAAGUGAGUGAAGCCAUUGAAGAACCCACCCUUGUAGUACGCGGUGCGGGUGCUGGAGAAGAUUGUGACGGCGUAAACACAAAUACAUUUCUGUUAAGCACUGUCUUCUUUGACGAUGUUUGCGAUGACGCCAUUGUGGGUGAUGUUGUUGAGGAGGCAACGCUUUACAUAUGCGGUGAAGGAUCAGGUGCUGAAUGUUUAGUUGGUAAUGACAAAAAUGAUGUUGAGACAGCAACAACAACAACUACACCCACAAAAGCAAAUGAACCGAAAGCGACAUUUUUCUUUGGUGAGCCUGGUUGCCUUAAACUCAGUCCGUUAAAACAACAACCAAAAGAUAAAGGAAAGAAAGCAGACGUUGCUGUCGAAAACUCUCAGGCUAUUGAUAAGAAAAGUGAAAUAGUUGAAGAUGCGACGAAUGAUAAAGCUGAGGAUCUUCCAGAAGAUCAAAAAGAUGCUAAAGAUAUCUCAAAAGAUUGUGAGCAAGCAAAUAAUACAGACUUGAGUAAAGAGGACGCUGAAAAUAGUACGAAGGACCAAGAAACUCCCGAUAAAAAAGAUUUAGUGGCGAAAGUCACAGCUAAUGGUGAUGAUGUUGAGUGUGGGAAGAAUAUUUUGGAAAAGAAUACAGGGGAAGAGCAAGAAAAAUGUGCGGAAAAUAAUAAAGAAAAAGUGAACGAAAAAGAAGUGGCUAUUAAUGAUGACGCAAAAAAUAAAGUUGAGUCAGUUGAAAAACUGGAAACUAAUAAAGAUGAGGUUAUUGAAAAUAGCAUUAACGAAAAUAAAGUGGAAGAAAAAACCGUAGAAAGCGGUGUAAAAGAUCCACAGAAGCAGGAAACAUUAAAGAGUAAUAGUUUAAACCACAAGCAGAAUGCAAAUAAAGAUGUUAACAGUGAAUUAAGUGAAAAAAUUAUAAAAAAUGAAACUAGCGAUAAAGCUAGUAUUAGUGAGCCCAAAAAGGCUGAAAUUCACAGGAAAGUCGAAGUUAAAGAUAUCGAAGUACCAAAGUCCGCGCAAGAUAACCAGGAUAACACCGCAACGUUAGAUGUAGUUGUUGAGAAAGUAGCUACUAACGUUAGCGCAACCGACUUAUCAAAUGAAAAUGGUGAAGGUAAAGAAACUCUUGAAAUUGAAAAAACUAAAAAUGAGGAGCAAACUAAAUCAGCUGUUGUGCUGAUAACAGAAAGUAGUGAGAAUGCUGAAGCUAAAAACUUAACAACAAAAACCAAUAUUAGCUCUGAAAACCCAAAAACUGAUUUGGAAAAUGUUAAAAUUAAUCCAUUAACCGCUACAAAAUCCAUAAGUAAUGAUGUCACGAAUGAUGUGUCGCCUACUAACACUUCCCCCAGCACUACUUCCACUCCGCACACUACCAUUAAUCGCAAACGACGCCUUGAGGAUAUGCCAGCACCUGCCACACACCGUUUAUCGACAUCCGAGAGUGAGGUGGAUAUACAUUCGGAACAACAGGAAGAACUUGCCACAGAGGAUGACCUCGACCCAACAGAUGUGGGUGGUAAGCGCUUUAAAAUGCGUCCCAAAAUAACAAACACCGAUAUACGCAAGAAAGUGGAAGCGCAAAAAGGACGCGUAGAUGAGACUACAUCAUCGAGUGGAGAAGAGGAUGCGCGUCGUAGACGUAAAAUAAUCACGCCGCGUAGACAAAUUGAACGUUGUGUGAAAAAUCUGAAAGUAGCGCAUGAAGCGGCCGCUAAGCGUGAGAGUAGUCAAGCGCAAACGUCAAAGCAGGCGGAAAACACAAUUGCUGGUGUCGGUGAAGAGAAGUGCGAGGCGCUGAAUUUGACAAGCCCAACAACAACGUUAGCAUUUCCACCAGUUUUCCCUACAGUAGCAACAACAACAACUACACAAAUGCCAUUUUUGAGCGCAACAACACCAUUGAUACAAAUGCCACCACCAGCGCCAACAGCUCCGCUAACAUCGGCGCAAACAACACCAACAACUCCAACCGGUCGUCAAAAGCCCACGCUUGCCGAAAUCAUAGAGAAGAAAUUGAAAAAAUCUUGCGAGAAAGCAGCAACAACAGUUGAGGUAGAAACACCGCCAACGCCGCCUGCAAUAGCCGCCACAACAACAAUUGCCAUUGCAGCUACCACGACGAGCACCAACGAUGUGAGCUCAACGCUUGCGACAUUUUCGCCACCUAAAAAGUCGCCAAUAACUAAACCGUUGAAAAAGAAUUUACUCACACAAUUGCGACAGGAGGAAAGCGACGAGGACUCCAUACCGCGCAAGCGUACCAUCAGCGAUGCAGGAUCCACAGAAACUGCUAAAAAGUUGGAAAUACACAGUGGCGAAGAAAAGGAGCCGACACCCGAACGUAAAAUGCCCGAACGCAAGACGCCCGAACGCAAAGCAAGCGAAGCAACAUUUAACGAACGUGCAACUGUGUCACGUAAAACGCCAGAUCGUAAGACACCGGAACGACAACGUAAGCGUCGCAGCAGCGAGGAAGUGAAGGUAACGGGCGCGAAUGAGUCGGAGAGUAAUAAGGAAAUGAAAUAUGAGACACUGGUGGAAUAUGAAGCAAAAACUGAGGUUGUCGUGAAGAAGGAAAAGAGUCCAUCACCUGCUGAAGCGGCCGUAGUUGGGCGACGCUCAAGUAGACGCAGCGCUGCGACAGUCAUUUAUGCCGAGCUGCCGCAACCGAAGCGCACGAGAGGUGGCGCAAAAGCAACAACACCCAUUGCAACGCCUAAAAAGGCGGCGAAUAUCAAGGAAGAUAAGUCGAGUGAGGUGGCAAAGGAAGUGUCUAAAGCUGUGGUGGAAGCUGUGAGUGCGGAUGAUAGCAAUGCCGCAACUUCUAACACUGAAAUUACUGCAGAAAGUAUAUACCAAGAAACUGUCGAAAUAACAACUAUUAAGGAAACAACUAAGAAAGCAGGAUCGACAGCUAAGGAAAGUAGUAAGGAAGCUAAAGCGAAAGCGAAGCCAACCAAAGCUACAAAAGCCACAAAGAAGGAUGCUAAAAAAGAGGCAGCAACCAUUGUUAAGGAAGAGCCAAAACCCAAACCCGAAAAGAAGGCAGCAGCAACUAAUGCGUCCGAUGUAAAGAACGCCAGCACGACUGCACCUUCAACUUCAACCACUCCAGAAAAAGCAGAAAAACCCGUGCUAGUCAAGUCCACGCCCACUCCUUCACCCACAAAAACUCCAACGCCUGAAAAGAACUCGAGCGAAAAUACGUCGGCCACCGCACGUGGACGUGGGCCACGUAAGCAACGUGAAGUGGACGCCACCAAUAUUAUAGAAACUAUCGAUUCUGAGACACCAGUGCGUCAAUCGCGACGCAUUGCGCAGCAAAAAAUACGCGAAGAGGCUGAAAGGCGUAAACUUGAAGAGAUAGCGUUGCGUACCAUGAAACAGGAGCUGAAGAAGAAAAAGAAGGCGGAAAAACAGGUAGAUCCCACAGUGGCGGAGCCCUCAGAACCCUCGUCGUCCGAGGAGAGCGAAGUGGAGCUCAAGAAGAAGGCGAAAAAGAAGUGUCCCGGCAAAGAUGGUUGGUCAUCGGGUUCGGAGGAGCAAGAAGAACCGGAAGAAGAAGAUGAACCACCGCAGUACAGCGAUCCAGGCUCACCGCUCUUCCGUUCGGAUCACGAAUUCUCACCUGAAUCCGAUUUAGAAGACGAAACGCAAGUGGUACCAAUGAAGCGUGCGCGUACCGCGCGCAAAGAGGAUGCCGAGGAGGGUGAAGAUGGCGAUGAGGAAGCUUGUCAAAAGUGCGGUAAAUCAGAUCAUCCCGAAUGGAUACUGCUGUGCGAUAAAUGCGAUAAGGGUUAUCAUUGUUCUUGCCUAUCGCCUGUACUAUUCUAUAUACCCGAAGGCGAUUGGUAUUGUCCGCCGUGCCAGCAAGAGCAACUGAUUGCGGCGCUGGAACGGCAGUUGAACGAUUUCGAUGAAUUUGUUGAGCUCAAGCGUUUGCAGGAGGUGGAGAAUAAACGGUUGGCAGCUGAGGCAGAACGUGCCGAGCAGGAGCGCCUUGAGAAUGAGAAGCAACAGCAGAAAGAACUAAAAGAACGCAAGAAGCAUAAGAAGAAGAGUAAACGGCGUGGUGAAAACGGUAAGGAUGGUGAGAAUGGCGAAGAAGAAAGCGGCAGUAGUGGCAGUACCGAUGAUGAUAAAAGCGAGGAGCGCAAUAAAAAACGUAGUGCCAGUCAAAGUGAUGACGAUGACAGUGAAGACGAUAAACCGUUGGUGAAGAAAGGCACCGGCAAUCGUAAAUCACGCACCGAAAACUAUCGAGAUAGUCACAAGCGGCGGCGUGGUGAUGGACGUAGUCGUCGGCGCGCCGCAAGACGCGGUAUUGCCAGUCGACGUCGUCAACGCAAUGACACCGAUAGUGGCACUGGUAGUGGCUCGGCGCACAGAUCGGGCAGCGAUAGCGGCGAUACGCGCAGUGGUUCUGGUUCGUCGUCAUCAUCCUCGGUAACCGACAGUGAUGACGAGCCGAUUUACAAGCUACGCAAGCGACGACAAAUCAAUGUCAGUUAUCGUUUGAACGAAUAUGAUGAUCUAAUCAACUCGGCGUUGAAGAAAGAAAUGGAUGAAUUGGCCGGUGCAGGCAAUUUGGGACGCGGCAAAGAUAUUUCCACCAUAAUGGAGGCUGAUAAAGAGGAAAAGGCACGUCAGCGACAAGUGGAACAGGAUGAAACCGCUGAUAAGGAUGAAAAAGACGAGAAGACUGCGAUAAAGACGGAAGAGCAAGAUGCAGAAAAUGAGAAAGAAAACGACACAGAAAAACAAACUAUUGAAGAACGCAUAGCGAAGUCGGACGACGAUGAUUCUGAUGAAGUGCUCAAACGUAAGGCGAAACCGAAGUGCUCUACUAAAAAGAAGUCACGCAAGUUGACCACCUUAGAUAUUAGCUCUGAGGAGGACAAUGCGUCCGACGAAGAUUUUAAAACCUCUUCGUUCGAUGAUGACGAAGAGGAAGAUACUUCCAUUUCUGUGUCGACCGAUAGUGAUUCGAGCUUAGAAGUAUUUCGACGCCGCGGCAAGAAAAAUAAAAAGCAACGUAAGGCGGCGCGACGUGCAACACGCGAACGACGCAAAGAUCGUCGUUUUGUUGUGGACGAGAGUGAUGACGAAGAGGAAGAAGAUCGUCCGAAAUCGAAAAAGAAGAAAAGCGAAGAUCUGGACUAUACCGAAUCGGAGACCGACUCGGAAGCUUCAGAAAAUCUUGAAGAUGUUGACAGCGCUGAUCUGUGCGACGAUACGACAAGCGAGUCUGAUGGCGCCUGGUAUCCGUCGAAACGUAAGAAGCAGCGCAAAGGUAACAGCUCGAACAUUGCACGCAAGUCACCGAAACUGAAGAAACAACCGGUUAAGAAGGUCAAACGUGUCGAGUACUCUGACGACGAUAUUAGCGAGAGCGAAGAGGAGGAGGAUGAAGAUGAUGAUAUCACCGGUGGAAAGGGUUCGGGCAAACAGCCACGUUCGCAACCACUAAAAUCCAGCAACUCUACUAAGGGCAAGGGCAAGGGUAAAGGUAAAGGCAAGACAACCGCAUCGAAGAAGAAAAAGAAAGUCUCUGAGGAUGAGGAUAGCUUUUCCGACAGCGACGACAGCACACGACGCACACGUGGACGCCGCUAUGCCUACUUGGAAGACUUUGACGAUGAGAGCUCCGAUGGUGGCAUAAAACCAGGUGUUAAACGACCCGACACACCACCAGAAGAGCGCCAGAAAUUCAUACAGCGUCAAGAGGAAAUCAAACGUAUGUUGGCCGAGAAGAAUGCCGAGGGCGCGAAAUUGGCCGCAACACCGCGUCUCACACCGAUCAAAGCGGAUGGCGACAAAGACAAACGUUCACCGGCAAAGCUGAGUGAUUCGUUGUCGACAGUGCCAUUGUCGGUGAUACGUCAAGCGAAGGCUUUGGAUGCAGAAUAUUUGCAGCGUAAAGGCGAAAGUAUUGGCGAUUCGGAUAAUGUCGAUGAGGUGGAUGAGUUCGACGAUGCCGAUUUGCCCGACGAUUUCCCCGAGGACAUGGAUGAAGACACCAUAGCGCGUAUGGUGGAAGAAGAGGAGGAAUUGAGUGCAGCUGCGGCGGCACGUGAGUUACCGCCAGCCGACGAAGUGUUGCGCACACCGACAAAACAAACGAACAAAUCCAAAGAAACGUCUGUGGCACCAACCGCGCCGCCUGCCGUUGUCCCCGCACCACCUGCUAAUCUACCAAGCAAUGCUUCCAGUGUUGUAGUAAGCGCACCUGGUGGUCCAGACAAGACGUCACUGAUAAACCCUGCAUUGGCAGCGCUAGCACAAAUGCCAGGCGCUAGCUCAGCACUCGCCGCGCAUCACAUGUCAUCGCCUUUGGCGUCAGGACUACAGGAACCAAUGCGUAAACGUUUACCGAUGCCCACAUUGCAUCCGCCACUGCUACGUCAUCAAUUUCCACCACAUGGUGCGAAUAUGCCACUCGCACAUCUGCUGCAGCGGCAUCCCUCAGCGCAACCACCCACACAUCUGCUACAGAGCGCGCUCAACGCGCCGCUUGGUCAACCACUGAAUCGCAGCAGUUUUCCGCCACAGCAUUUGCCGCGUCUACCGGCGGGCAUGACAGUGGAACAAAUGUUGGCCGCGCAACAUCUCAUGACUGCUGCAGCGGCACGCCACAAUCUCCCGCCCUCUUCCCAACCAUUGCCAGGCGCGCCUAAUGCGCGUGAUGUUAUCGACACAAGCGGCAGCGCUGGCAGUGGUCCCGGCCUCCCAGGCGCGACUGCUAGUAGUGUGCCGCCAGCGCCCGCAGUCCCCAUCAACAAGCCCGAAACGGAGCCGAAACCGCGUGGUAGACGGAAAAAGAUUACGCCGCUGCGUGAUACAUUGCAAAAACAGCAAACCGCCGCCGCUGUCACAGCGGCAACCACACAAUCGGACAAACCAGCUGAACCGCCCGCAAGUAAUGGCGCGGGCGGUGGCAGCGUCAUAAAGUCAGCAUUAUCCGCCUCAGUCAACGCGCCGCCGCCACAGCUAUACAAGCAGCAAGAAGGCGCUGGCGCACCCAUCGUCAGCGCUGCCGCGAUAGUCUCACAAGCAUCAGUAAUUACGCGUAUGCCGCAGCUACCCACGGCCGCUGCGCAUGCAAGUGUCGUGCGUGCUAUGAGUAAUUUAUAUCCCGGCGCAGAUGUUGCUCGCUUCUUUGCGCCACCGACCUCCUUAGCGGCAGUGACUGGCGCUCGGCCAGCGCCGCCUUCUAUGCAACGUCAUCGUGAUGGUCCCAGUAUGCAGGGUCUGUCGCCACAUGGUAUGCGUCAGAGCUAUGGGCCACCACCACCAUUGCGUGGCAGUGGCUCGUCUUUAACCAAUCAUGGUCCACCGCCGCAGGGUGUUGUGGGCGAGCGCCCGACAUAUCCAGCGCCGGGUGAUCAUCAUGUGCCGGGCGGCAUGGGCGCCAGCAUGUAUGCCGGUCCACCACCACCAGCGCGUCAUUCUACAUCGCAUUUAAAUCCAUAUCGCCCACCCAUAUACGGUAACCCAAGUUUUGUGCCACGUGGACCGCAUGUGCCGAAUAUACGCGUGCCAGUAAGCGGAGGACCAGAGUUUCCGAGUGGCCCAAGUACUUAUUCACCAUACGGCUAUUAUCCACCACCACCACCCUUAACAACACCACAUGGACCACCCAUGCAGCGACCGCCAACGUCUUCGCCAGCGCCAAUAUCACGCGGUCCACCACCAACAACAGCAGCAACUGCUUCAGUGCCGCCCAUACCGCCAACAAUAGUAGCCAGCACAGCAACCAGCGCAGCGCCAAUCACAACAACACCAAUAGCUACCACAAAAACAAGUAUACCAGCAAGCGCAAUAACAACAACCAUAGCCAAACCAAGCUCUGUUAUCGUAGCAGCGCCACCAUCGAGUGCCAGCACCAACUUGAACGCCAGCGCUGCACGUAACAUUGUACAAAAGUCAUCACUACCAACACCAACACCAACACCAACCAUAAUACAACCGCCCACACCGAUACCACCAACAACACCAGCGUCAGUUCCGCCACCCGCUGCAAUACCCACGCGUGCAAUAGUGACUGAGGCCGCUGUAAGCGCGCCGGUCGCCACCAUAGUCAAUAGCAAAGGGCCAAUUGUAACGGCCACAGUGGCAGCGAGUGUUGUCAGUGAACCACAAGCGCCGCCACGCAAGAAACUCACCACACUUGAAACGUAUGCGGUGGCUCAGACCAAAUCACCACUCGUCAUAGCGGGUGAGUCGUCGGGUUCACGCAGCUCACCGGGCGGCAUACAAGCCGAGCCGGCUGAUGACUCCUCAUCGGCGCAGGGUGCAGCCACGACUGCGGCGGUCGCCGACAGUGGUGAGGGGCAGGCGAGCGAAUUUAGUGGGCUUGUCAGUUACUUUAGCUCACAGCAUGACGACUACAACACAUAACAACACUCGCGCACGAAUAUUGUUAACGCGUUGUUGCGCGGCUUUUAGAUGCAAUACGGAGCGCAUGCGCAGACGUUAAGCACAGUUAUAGUCAAAUAUUCAUAUUUGCUGUAUUCGAAUAUUAUGUGUAUGUGUAUGUGUUAGGCGUAGUUGAUUUAGUUUAAUAAUUUUUUUUAUGAUUUUUUGUGCAACAUGCAAUGCAAUGCCGGCACGUUUGGGCUAAAGUCAAAGCUCUUGGGUGUGUGGUGAGUUGGUUGUUGGCGCUAAAUGCAUGCUAAUUGUGUUUAUUAAAUGUUUAGGCCACUUAUUGGAAAUUCAAUACUGAACAAAUAGCUCCUCCUCGGUACAUCACUAUAAUAGAAAAAAAAAUGAACAAAAAAUAUUGAAAAAAAAAAAUUUGAAAAUGUUAAGAAAAAUAUUA